GGUCUUACACUUUGGUUACGUUGCGCGAGAAGGUGCACGCAACGUGUGUGCCUUUAUCAAACUGGUGAAAGGUGCACGCGCUUACGUGGACGAUAAUAAUAUCGUGCGAGGUAUACGAUUUCGCAUUUUGUAGCACAGUUGGACGCUCACGCGUGUGUUUACUGUGUGUGAACUAACCACGUAAUGUCAGUGUCAUUACACACACAAAUAGCGAAGGCUUUAACAUCAAUAUCAUGAACGGUGCGCCACGUAAAGUAAAAAAUUCGCUCUUGUCCGCCGCUGGUCCCGGUUUUCCAUUCGAUAGCUACACCGAGAAUACAUUGCUGAUGCCAGUUACACCUGCAACACCAGCCGUGCUCCGAGACGAUGCCGAACUUGAUAAUUUCAUAGGACAGGAACCGGUCAAUUCUCAGCCUCCGUCUACGUUCGAGCAAUUUUCAACAAAUGCGCCUCCCUUGCCAAAGGAGAGCAAAGACGCGGCGAGUCAACCAACAAAACCGGGAUAUUUCACAUCGAUCCUCUCUUCUCUACCAAACUUGUCUCUGUCAUCGACUAAAUCCGAUCCCUCGGGAUUGCAAACAAAUCAGGCGUUCGAGAACACCGGCGGAGCGUCACACGAAUCUAAUCCCUACAUACCUUCGCGAGGAUACCACGACUCUCAGUCUGAAAUACCGGGAUUCUUAGCGAUUAAUCAACAGGAUUCUCAAAGCGCAGACUUGUCGGGAUUUGCCGCUUUCGGUCCUCCUCGCCCUACUCCAGCUGCUGAUCCUCCGCAACCCGCAGCUCCACCUCAAGUCUCUAAUGCGCCUGUUUCCUAUCGACUUGGUAAUCAACGGCGCUUGAAGUACGCACCUCCGCCCGAUCUAACGUCCAACAACGCUAAGUCAUAUACAAAUCCGCCGAUUCAAACGUUCUUUCCUAAUCAAAAUGUGUCAGCGCCACCGCGAGUUAUUUUGAAUCCUUAUAUGACAGAAGGAUCGUCGCAGGGCAACAACGUACAACAAAUCAAUUCCUUGCCCGAGCAAGUCUCAACGUCCGAACAAGCGUCGUUGAACAGUUCCCUUCACAAUUCAUUUCGAUCGAGUCCGAUUGCGACUACAACUGCGAUCUACAACUCAUCUUUAUCUACAAAUCAAAAUCCAUUUUGCGAAACUUCUUCCGUAUCCGCGCCGUCGCAAUUUGCUUCGUCGUCGUUGUCGUCGUCGUCGUCAAGACCGAUACCCACGCGGGUAUUGGAGCCCGCAACGCCGCAAAACACUCCGGCAAACAUUUCGUUUCCUCAGUUUUACGCACCGCCGUCUGAUCUAGAUAAAGACGUAGGUACAUUAAAAAAUUCUAAUCAACUAAACUUGCCGCCGCCGGAACUUACGAGAGAUAACAAUCUCGUGACAACUGUAGAAUCUGCGAGUGACUUGAACCCAUUGAAAUCGAACGAGGAGAGCAAGGCGACAUUUACACCGUUAUCCGCAGCCAAGGUUACGGAAAAAUUAGAACAUUUACUUGCGAAACAGGAGGAAACGUCUUUUGUUGGUGCGGCAACCUCUUCGGAAGUUGAAAUUACGCCCAACGUGACUGCCCAAUUACAAACAAAAUCUUCGGAAUCGCAGAGCAACGCGUUACAAUCCAACAAAUCUGUCGAUAAAUUAUAUGAGGCGAAGACAAACGAUGUUCAAGGAAAGGAUGUGCAGGCAGGAAGCGACACCUGGAGUGACGUGUCACUUGGGCAAGAAUCAACAGCGCAAUCAGUAAUCUGUCCGGAAGUAAAUACGGCCGAUAGCAAUCCAAUUGUGACGGAUAUCCAAGAGACAAAGUCGAACGCGCCUCCGUCUCAACAAGAUUAUUAUCAAGACUUGCAACCGACACCUAUACCAAGCUCGACUUUUUAUGCAAGCAAGCCCGCAGUUCAAAAGUCGAGUUUAAACUACGUACCACCUCCUCUCCAGCCACCGCGGCAACAAAGCGCUUUUUACAAUCCAUCUGCGAAACCACCAGAGCAGUCCGCAAAUUUAUUUUUCGAAUCGUCAAAACAAAAAGACGUUCAGUUUUCGAAUUUUCCUUCUCAAGAGAAUACCGCAAACAUUUCUUUUAACAAACCAGCACUUGAUGCAAAAUAUAAUCUACAAUUAGUUGAAGAGAAGUCUGGAUUCAGUUCUGUUGCGACCAAUCCCACGAGUCACGUUCCGUAUUGGAACGCCAAUCAGUCUUCUCAACCGCAAAUAUUAAAUACUACAUCUAAUCACCAACCGGCGUAUAUAGCUCCCAGCCAGCCAGUAUAUAGCUCCCAGCCAGCCACCACAUCUAACGAGCCAGUAUAUACCGCGUCUAGCCAGCCGGUAUAUACCGCGUCCGAUCAAUCAUCAGUGCCGCUGUUUUAUAAUCCUGCACAAUUUACGAAUGCACUUCCCAAACAAGCGAAUUUCUCGCACACGUACGAUCAGCAUUCUUCUCAACAGCAGUCGUAUCAAAGCGCUGCCUCAUUUUACGGAACUGGUGGAUUGCAACAACCCUACACGGUUCCCGUAGAAGAUAACGCCGCAUAUUCGUCGCCUGUUACAAUGGCGUCGUCAGUACCUGAACCAACAGGAUCAGCCACACUCAGCCCCGUUCAAAUGUCAGUUAAUUCACCAACUAAUCGCACUACACCGGACACUGUCCCACCAAGUUUUCAAAACUGGGCUUCAGGAUCUUCCGACAAACGUAUGCAAUACAGACCGCUGUAUCAUCAUUGGUUUUACCGCAAAGAAGUGGAGAAUAAAACGCUAUGGCUUCCGUUCUCCAUGCAAGACAGCUUGAAGUUAGAAGAGGCUCACAAUUCCAGCGACAUUACACCUGAAACUACAGUAGACACCGAUGGAGGUCGUUACGACGUUGAUAUUUUACGUCGUCAAAGAGCGCCCGUCUAUUGGACCGGUCCAGCCACUGAAGUUAGACGGUGUUCGUGGUUUUACAAGGGAUCAACGGAAUCGAGAUAUCUUCCUUACAACGAAAGCACUGCUGCAAAACUUGAGGAGGAGUACAAGCAGGCAUGCCUCACAAACAAUUGGAAUCGGAGAAUCGAUCUGAAUAACGGAGAAUAUAUCACCUUCCAUAGCGCGACAGUUCAGGCUCAUUAUCUCCAACCGACUUCUUCUGAAUUGGCAGGUUCUUGGGGAAAUAGCGCAGUCUCAGAGGACAGUGAAUAUUUACAGGGUGCUGCAACUAGACCGAGAGUUGUUAAAAGAGGAGUUGACGAAUUCAAUAUAGACGAGGGCGAGCCCGAAAAAGUAGAUCAUCUUCUGUUUCUUGUUCAUGGUAUAGGUAGUGUUUGUGAUCUGAAGUUCCGUACUGUGGAAGAAGUUGUUGAUGAAUUUCGCGGUAUAUCACUUCAACUGGUGCAAUCUCACUAUCGUACCGCGUGCGAGCAAGGUAUUGUAAAUAGAAUCGAAGUUUUGCCAAUCUCCUGGCACACAACGCUUCAUUCCGAAGACACAGGAAUCGACAAGAAGUUGCAAGCCAUUACGUUGGAGAGUAUUCCGAAGUUACGGCAUUUUACCAACGACACCUUGCUAGAUAUACUUUUCUAUACUAGUCCAAUAUAUUGUCAGACUAUUAUGGAAACUGUCGGUAGUGAGAUGAACAGAUUGUACGCGUUGUUUAAAGAAAGAAAUCCUAACUUUGAUGGAGGAGUAUACUUAGGCGGUCAUUCGUUAGGCAGUUUGAUCAUGUUCGAUUUAUUAUGUCACCAAAAACCUGAUGUGGAAGAAGACCAGGAUGACAACCAAGAUGAGGGCAGCGAUAAAGCAAGUGAAAACGACAAUACGGGACCUAUUCAACCGAUGCCUGCACCUGUUCUAAAAAGGCGUCUUAGUAAAAAAAUCAGCUACAUGAUGGGCGCGGCUGGAACCGGCCAACCUUACAUACAUUACCCGCAACUUAAUUUUCAUCCACGUGCCUUCUUUGCCCUUGGCAGUCCGAUUGGCAUGUUCGUAACAGUACGAGGCAUCGACACUCUCGGCGAAGACUUCACUUUACCGACCUGCCCGGCUUUCUUUAAUAUCUUUCAUCCGUUCGAUCCGGUAGCUUAUAGAGUGGAAUCCCUGAUUAAUCCCGAAGCUCAUAAAUUCCGACCGAUGUUAAUACCACAUCACAAAGGAAGAAAAAGAAUGCACUUGGAAUUGAAGGAAACGAUGGCACGUGUCGGAGCAGAUUUGAAGCAAAAGCUGAUCGAUUCCGUGAGACACACGUGGAAUUCUUUCUAUCAACUGGCUUUAUUUCACAAGCCAGACAAUCAAGCAUUGGAACGGGAAAUCGAUAAAGUUGUUGAAGAACAGUUACAAAAAACACCGAACGUACCGGAUCAUCAUAACGAAGAUGCCGCCGGUGCUGACUUAAAGAUAGGAAGACUUAACGGUGGACGAAGGAUAGAUUACGUUCUUCAAGAAGCACCUUUCGAAUAUAUCAACGAAUACAUCUUCGCUCUCACGAGCCAUAUUUGCUACUGGGAAUCCGAAGAUACUAUGCUGUUGAUAUUGAAAGAAAUAUACGGAUCUAGAGGCAUUCAAACUGAUGCGCAACUUCCUCAGCAGACAAUGUCAAUUGAGAGAAUAUCUCCUUCGCCAUCUUCGAAUUUGUUAGGCACUUUGUCACCCGUUAGAAAUAGCGCGAGUACAUCGUCACAUGCGUGGACAGAUCCCACAGUGCCUACUGGGUUCAACAAACCUAUUGGUCCACCACCUACAACCGGUUUUAUACCGAAAUCGUGAUCGACGGAAUAUCUUUCCUACGUGCCACGAAAAAAACCGCGUUGAAAUAAGAAUUGCUUUGUGUUUGCUGGUAUGUGUGAAAUAAAGAGGUAAGGACACUACUGCACCUAAUAUUGAUAUUUGCAAAAAAAAAAGAACACACUUAACAAAAUGUAUUUAAAUACAUUUUUUCUAUUUUAGUGUUCUUUUGCUCUUUGUAAAUUUUAUUGCAAGAUAUUAAUUUACUGAUUUAAAUGAUGAUGAAGCUGAAGUGUUGCAAUAUUACUAUUAUAAAAAAAAAAUUGGGCCUACGGCAAUUAAUCUUCUUCACAAGAACAUUAAUUUGCACAAAAUCAAUUAUAAAAUGUAAAUAACAAAAAUUGUAAAAAUUUUAUUCAUUAAUCUUUAAACGGUUGAUAAUUUCUUGUUGCACCUUGUGCUUAUAUUUGUAAAAAAAAAAAAAAAAAAAAAAAAAAAAAAAAAAAAAAAAAA